GCUGGCCGGGGCCAGGUGUGCAGGCCACACUCAGCGGCCCUAGACCUCGGGCUCCGGGGUUUGAGGGGAAGGGGGUGCACCCGUUUUUGUAGCGUCAAAAGCCUUGGUUUCUGACGCUGGGGGCAGGGGUCUGUGCUCCCCGGGCCGCAGCCCAGCCCUCCCUCCGCAGAGCCAUCUCCCGGGCACCAACGUCUCAGGGACCCUGUGAGGCGGUGACAUUUGUCCAUAUUUGGCGAGUGACCCUCGCUAACAAGAUACCCUGGGUCAGAGGAAACAAGGCUGGGGUCCCACCCUAAGUGCGGAGGUCGCCCUGCACGUGGCCCCGUGGGGCUGAGCCCGUGAGUUCUCAAAACACGGUUUCACAGCAUUCAUCGGCAGCAUCUGCUGUUCCCCGGCCCAUUUGGAUCAUUGUUUAGAAUUAGAGAAGCAUCAUCUCGGGAAGGCUGCUGCUACAGUGUGUCCACGUCAGUGUCUGCUGCCUGUGCUGACCUCGGUGCUAAGUAGAAAACGCUAAGAGGGGCGGUGCGUUCUCGCCUUUUCUGUCGUGAUUCAGUAGACACGAAGCAGAUGGAAAUCACGGAGGAAGAGCGUUAGGUCCUUGGAUAGUGGACCGACCCGUCCCUGGUCCUGUUGGCGUGAAUCAGGCUGAUCUGGGGGAACGGCCUUGCCGGACGGCAAAGAGAGACCAGAUACCUCCGCUGAGAACUGACGUCGUAGCCUGUUCUUGAGUGAAGGCUAUGCCUCAGUCGGGGGGCCUCACGUGGGCCCCCGACCGCGGGGCAGGCGGUCCUCCGGGUGUCAGUGGCACCCCAACCCCCCACGCCGGGAUGGAGUUGACCCGGGACGUGUCAGAUGUCCCCUCGGCCCCCAGCGAGCUCAGAGUUUAAUAAAACACGAGGUGGUGUCGAGUGGCGUGUGGGCUGAGCGUCCCAGGACCUCGGCAGCAGCAGCUGACAGCUUGCAAAGCAAAGGCUGUAUUUUUAUCCAAGCUCAUGGGUGGAGUGACCUCAAAAGGACAAGAGCAAGAUAGGAAGUAAAACUCAUCUGUGUGGAAGAGCCUCCGGGGCCACCUGUUCUCCCCAAAGGCAGCCUGGCCGUGCUGGGCACCUAGCCCCGCCCCCGCGCACCCUCCCGGGUCUCAGCAGGAAUGCGGACAGACCCGCGGCUUCGGGGUCCAUGCGGCUCCGUUAGCACAAGGGCCCCCUCGCCCAUCAGAUGCCCGGUGUCGGCAGCGUGCCCGGCUCCAUCCAGGGCUUUGCUCGACCCCAGCGGCUGUUGUCUGGUCAUAAUGCUGAGCUCUGUCCCGGAAUUACACAGUUACAUUGACAAGUCCCAGCUGACCGAGGACCUGGGCGGGACACUGGAUUACUGCCACUCCAGGUGGCUCUGCCACCGCACGGCGAUAGAGAGCUUCGCCCUCCGGGUUAAGCAGACAGCUCAGAUGCUGCAGGCCUUCGGGACCGAGCUUGCCGAGACGGAGCUGCCCAACGACGUCCAGUCCACGAGCUCCGUGCUCCGUGCCCACACGGAGAAGAAGGACAGGGCCAAGGAGGACAUGAGGCUGGCGCUGGACGAGGGGCGGAGCGUCCUGGAGAGCAUCCGGGAGCCGCUGGCCCGGGGCCCGGAGCAGAGCCCAAACCAGGACCAGCUGGACAGUCAGAGCACCGUGCAGAGGCUCCUGGCCCAGCUGAAUGAAACCGAGGCCGCCUUUGAUGAGUUCUGGGCAAAACAUCAGCAAAAACUGGAGCAGUGCCUGCAGCUCCGGCAUUUCGAGCAGGACUUCCGAGAGGUCAAAGCCGCCUUGGACGUAUUGGCCCAGAAGAUCACGACCUUCACCGAUGUGGGGAACAGCCUGGCACAUGUGGAGCACCUCCUGAAGGACCUGGCCAGCUUUGAGGAGAAGUCCAGUGCGGUCGUGCAGCGGGCCCGCGCCCUGUCCCUGGAGGGUGAGCGGCUCAUUGGGCUGAAGCACUACGCCGUGGACUCCAUCCGCCCCAAGUGCCACGAGCUCCGGCAGCUGUGCGAGCAGCUUGCAGCUGACGUCGGGCGGAGGAGAGGGCUGCUGGGCAGGUCGCUGGAUCUGCACGGCCUCCUCGAGGCGUCCAUGAAGUGGUGCGACGAGGGCAUCUACCUGCUGGCCUCGCAGCCCGUGGACAAGUGCCAGUCCCAGGACGGCGCCGAGGCGGCCCUGCAGGAAAUCGAGAAGUUUCUGGAGACGGGUGCGGAAAAUAAGAUCCAGGAGCUCAGUAGAAUCUACCAGGACUACGAGCCCAUCCUCACCCGAGACCUGCUGGAGCACGUGCAGAAAGUCUUCCGGAAGCAGGAGAGCGUGGAGGAGAUGUUUCACCGGAGACAGGCGAGCCUCAAGAAGCUGGCAGCCAAGCAGACGCGGCCCGUGCAGCCGGUGGCCCCCCGGCCAGAGGCGCCCACGAAAUCGCCCUGCCCCUCCCCGGGCAUCCGCAGAGGUUCCGAGAACCACAGUUCUGAGGGCAGCGUGCUCCGGAGGGGGCCCUACAGGAGGGCCAAGAGUGAAGUGAGUGAGGGCCGGCAGGGCCGCGGCCGCUCCACCGGGGACGAGGAGAGCCUGGCCAUCCUGCGGAGGCACGUGAUGAACGAGCUUCUGGACACAGAGCGGGUCUACGUGGAGGAACUGCUGUGCAUUCUGGAGGGCUACGCUGCUGAGAUGGACAACCCUUUAAUGACACAUCUCAUCUCGACGGGACUUCAGAACAAGAAGGAUGUUCUGUUUGGAAACAUGGAAGAAAUUUACCACUUUCAUAACAGAAUAUUCCUGAGGGAGCUGGAGAACUACAUAGACUGCCCAGAGCUGGUUGGAAGGUGCUUUCUGGAAAGGGUGGAGGAGCUCCAGAUCUACGAGAAGUACUGCCAGAACAAGCCGCGCUCCGAAAGCCUCUGGAGACAGUGCUCCGACUGCCCGUUUUUCCAGGAAUGCCAGAAGAAGCUGGACCACAAGCUGAGCCUCGACUCCUACCUGCUGAAGCCGGUCCAGAGGAUCACCAAGUACCAGCUGCUGCUCAAGGAGAUGCUGAAAUACAGCAAGAGCUGCGAGGGCGCAGAGGACCUGCAGGAGGCCCUGAGCUCCAUCCUGGGCAUCCUCAAGGCCGUGAACGACUCCAUGCACCUGAUCGCCAUCACGGGCUAUGAGGGGAACCUGAGCGACUUGGGGAAGCUGCUGAUGCAGGGCUCCUUCAGCGUCUGGACGGACCACAAGAAGGGCCACGCCAAGGUGAAGGACCUGGCCAGGUUCAAGCCCAUGCAGCGCCACCUGUUCCUGCACGAGAAGGCCGUGCUCUUCUGUAAGAAGCGGGAGGAGAACGGCGAGGGCUACGAGAAGGCCCCCUCCUACAGCUUCAAGCAGUCCCUGAACAUGACGGCCGUCGGCAUAACGGAGAACGUGAAAGGGGACGCGAAGAAAUUCGAGAUCUGGUACAACGCCAGAGAGGAGGUGUACAUCGUACAGGCACCAACUCCUGAAGUCAAGGCCGCCUGGGUGAGCGAGAUCCGGAAGGUGCUGACGAGCCAGCUGCAGGCGUGCAGAGAGGCCAGCCAGCACCGAGCCCUGGAGCAGUCCCACAGCCUGCCCCUGCCCGCGCCCGCCAGCACCAGUCCCUCUAAAGGGAACACAAAAAACGUCAGAAAGUUGGAAGAAAGAAAAACGGACCCGCUGAACCUGGAGGGAUACGUGGGCCCCGCGCUACUGCCGAGGCCCCCCGAGAAGGGCAGAGAUGACGCGGUCACUAGCUCUACCUCAGAAAGCUCUGCGCUUUCCAAAAAGCGCUUCACCCUGCAGAGCUUUGCUGCCCUCAAAGGUCAGAAAGCCUCUCCUACCAGUCCCGACAAAAAAGCUAAGCGACACCAAGUAAAGAGCGACCCAACGCCUUUUGGUUUACGAGGUUGGAGCAAAACGUCUCACCCGUCAGAGGCUCCUGAGGACAACGACGGCUGGUCCAGCGCCGAGGAGCCCAUCAACUCCUCGGACGCAGAGGAGGAAGGCAGAGUGGGCCUCAGGAAGCUGGUGCCCGGGAAGUACACCGUCACGGGGCUGGACGAGAAGGGGGGCCCCGACGCGCUGGUCCUGAGGAGCGGGGACGAGGUGGAGCUGGUGCAGGAGGGCGACGAGGGCCUCUGGUUCGUGCGGAACCUGAGCUCCGGCGGCGAGGGCUGGCUGCCAGCCCGCAACCUGUCCUCGCUCCUCGGCCAGCGCGGCGCCCCCGGGUGUCUGAGCAGCCCAGAGUCCAGCGCGGGGUCCGCCUUGCUGAGCGCGUCGUCCAGCUGCAGCGAGAGCUGCGCGGCCGCCUUCGCGGACCUGCAGGGGUAGCGCCGCGGCCACCCCGCCUGCGGCCCUGGGAGCUGGCCUCUGCUCGGGCCGGCGCGGCGUGGGGAGGGGCCGGCGCCCGCGGAACGCCGGCGCCGCCGCGGCCCCAGACGAAGGUUCGGGAAGAGUCCGCCCUGCGGCCUCGGCGCCAGGACCGCGCCCCACGGCGCAGGAAGAGCGCGGCACCGCGGCUCCGUCGGGGAGUCGGACGGACGGGGCUGCAGACGACAGACCUCCGGUGCAGAAGGGCUCCCGGACUCCCCUUCGGCCUCGGCCGCAGCCGCUCCCCUUUCGUUUCCGACGUUUCUGGUCCGGUGCUUUCUGCAGGAACACGCGUUCUGUGGCGCUGCUUCCAAAAGAAGUGACCGAUUCACUGACCCAGCGGCUUGGGGCGGGGGCAGGAGGCUAGUUUGUCUUCUACACAUUUUUUUUUUAAAGCAAGGAUUAAUUCUACGGCCAUCUUUUUGGUGAUACUUUGGCCUCUGAUCUUUACCAAGAAUCACUGUGUUUACGUGAAAUGACAGUUUGAUACUGUAUUUGAUAUAAAACUUUUUUGUUAUUGGGGUUUACAUGGCGCUGAAUGAUUUGGGGGACACACUGUCGUGGAAACUGGUGGCCCACCUGGUCACAGGUGAGUGGAAGGACGUCCCUCGGUAGAAUCAGGCAGCGUUUCUACAAACACAGGCAGUUAGAAACCAAGGAAAUUCCUUCGCCUGUGUAGGUUAAUUUUCAAAGGAAAAUGUAAACUAUAAUUUAAAAUAUUAACCUUCUUUUCUACAGAAAAACAAAUGGGGGACUUGAUUUUUUAACACACUUCAGUGAAUUAGGAUAUUUUUAUUGUUUUUAAAGACUAUGUAAAGAUGCAGUUUUUGCAGGUGUCAUCUGAACCGAUGUUGUCACAGGAGCCCAGGGAAAACUUGAGCUCCCGGCCCCCCGCCUCCCCCGCCUUGCAUGUCCUGUGUGGAACUGUCCUGAGCACAGGAGCAGAGUUUAAUCUUAUUCAAAUCAAGGCAGAACUGGAAAGAAAACUCUUCUGUUUUACUGUUGUGUUUCAGAAACAAAUUCUGUUCCUUGGAAACGCUUCUUUCUGUGUCUGAUUGGGACAGAUAUUUUUAUAUGUGUGUAUAU